GAUGGCGGCGUCCUGUGUAACAGCAAGUGAACUACUCCAGAAUAUAAGACAAAUAUCUUUACUUUAUCCAAAUACGGCGUGUGUGAUCAGACGUGUCAGCACAACAAACUCACAAUGCGACAGCCAACCCCAGCCGAGAGCCAGAAGCUCUCCCCAGCAGCUGGUUGGCGUGGUGGGCCUGGAAGUCCAUGCCCAGAUUAACUCCAACACCAAGCUGUUCUCUUCCUCUCCGGCUCGCUUCUCGGCUCCUCCAAACUCCCUGGUCUCCUUCUUUGAUGCAUCCCUACCUGGCACAUUACCUGUCCUAAACAAGCAGUGUGUCGAAGCAGCAGUGAUGACAGGGCUGGCUCUCAACUGCACCAUAAAUAAGAAGUCACUUUUUGACAGGAAGCACUAUUUUUAUGCUGACCUACCUGCCGGAUACCAGAUCACCCAGCAGCGUCGGCCCAUAGCAGUGGACGGCGUGCUGAGCUACAGCCUCCUGGGGGGGAAGACGCGAAACCAGGUGAUCAGAAAAAGAGUCCACAUCAAGCAGAUCCAGCUGGAGCAGGACAGCGGGAAGAGUCUACACGACGACGCGCGCAGCCAGACUCUCAUAGACCUCAACAGAGCAGGUGUAGGUCUAAUGGAGCUGGUGAUGGAGCCAGACAUGAGCUGCGGAGAGGAGGCAGCCGCAGCUGUCAGGGAGCUGCAGCUCAUCCUGCAGGCCCUGGGCACCUGUCAAGGCAACAUGUCUGAGGGGCAGCUGAGAGUGGACGCUAAUGUGUCCGUGCACAGACCCGGAGAGCCGCUGGGCGUCAGGACGGAGGUGAAGAACAUCAACAGCGCCCGAUACCUGGCCAGAGCCAUAGACUACGAGAUCCAGAGGCAGAUCGAAGUCCUGCAGAACGGGGGAACGGUGCACAACGAGACCCGGGCGUAUGAUUCCAAAUCGGGGGAGACCAUUCCCAUGAGGGACAAAGAAGGUCUUCAGGACUACAGGUUCAUGCCGGAGCCCAACCUGCCCCCUCUGAUUGUGUACGAGGAUGACGCCUCGCUGCCCACUGGCAUCGACGCGUGCCAGACGGUGGUGGUGCAGAAGAUAAAAGAAGCCCUGCCAGAGCUGCCCGGCGUCAAAAGAGACAGGCUGGUGCAGACAUACGGCAUCCUGCCCGAGCACAGCUUCACCCUACUGAACGAGGACGGGCUGGUGGAGUACUUCGAGGCCCUGCUGAAGGCCACAAAGAAGGAGCCCAGGAAGGUGAUUGGCUGGGUGACGAACGACCUGCUGGGUCACCUCAAACGGCACGAUAUGAGCGUGAGUCAGAGCCCAAUCUCCGCCGCUGCCCUGGCCGAGCUGCUGGAGCUCCAGGAAGCAGGACGCAUCUCCUCCUCGGUUGCCAAGCAGGUGUUCCAGGACAUGUGGAGGUCACCGGGAAAGACGGCUCCGCAGAUCAUCCAGGAGCAGGACCUGGGCCUCGUCAGCGACGCCGAACAUCUGCAUCACAUCUGCCAGAAGGUGUUGGACUCGCAUCCCGAUGAGGUCCACGCCAUCAAAAACGGAAAUACGAAGGUCCUGAAUAAGCUGAUGGGGCUGGUGAAGAAAGCGACCAAAGGCAGAGCCGACCCAGUUAUGGUGAGGGCCAUUCUGCAGGAGAAGAUUUCACGAUAGUCGAACUCUGCUGAACCUGCUGGGUCACCGGCUGAGAGAUGAGACAGCAAAGUUUAAUGUCAGUGGAGAAAAUUCUGAUGUGCAGAGUAACCAAGGCCGCGUCGUUCCAUAAAAACCAGGUCAUAUUGUGUGAUAACGCUGUAAAAAAAAAGCCUUUACUACUGAAGACAAAAUGUAAA